AUGGGGUGCAGUGGAAGCAUUGACAGCAGCAGCGUGGAACCCCAGGUUAGUGCCACUGUGGUGCUCCUCGUGCCGGAGUCUCUUGCGUUGUAUCCGAACCGAGCAUUACCACCCAGUUUCGAUACACAUCGGCAGUAUGUCCAGAAGCUCAACGGGUACCUCUCCGAUGUGCUCGAGAAUCCGAAUGCUUUCCACAGCAGGGUGAAGCUGCGCCGUGAAAGCUUCGAAGGCAACGGCCAAUCGCGGCCCGCGGUGGUGCUCCUCGUGCCGGAGUCUCUUGUGUUGUCUCCGAGCCGAGCAUUACCACCCAGUUUCGAUACACAUCGGCAGUAUGUCCAGAAGCUCAACGGGUACCUCUCCCAUGUGCUCAGGAAUCCUAAGGCUUUCCAGAGCAGGGUGAAGGUGCGCCGUGAAAGCUUCGGCGAAACCAAGGGCCGGUCGCGGCGAGUGGGAAUCUAG